AUUUCUCUUUUAGUUGACCCGCUCCGUAAAAUCAGCCCAUGCCGUCAGUACACGCCACCUUCUUCAUUGUGUUCCGGCUAGGUAGCAAGUCAAGAUGAGUACAACCAACAAACGUAUGCGCACGCAGGAUCAAUUAGAACGCAAGCGCGCUGCCGACAUACUCAACCACAAGGUUCGCAGAGCAAAAGAUAAGAAUCGGUUGGAUCAGCUUGAGGCUGAGGUGAAGCGUCUCAGGUCAGAAGUGGACGACCUCACUGCGAAAUUACAGAUAUCACAAGAAGAGGUAGCAAGAUGUGCGAAAUGUUCAAAAGCCGAGCAGGACAGAUUAAGCCAUUCCUCCGCUACCAACCACGGCCAGGUUCCUGAUCAGCCCGAUGUGUCGUCUCUCUUGGCACACUAUUCUGACAGCCGGUGUGGUAACAAUAUUCCUACAGCCUGGAUGGUGUCUUCUGAAGCUCCUAUAGAGGUUGAUUUCCGCAGUAUGGGAACUGCUAGCAGCAUAUCUGCCGUUGUGGAUGAUCGUAUACGUGUGAGUCCAACAGUUGUAGACUCGAGGCAGAUGCCCGUGCUUUGCAUAUGUGGGGUCCGCCAUGGGAAAUCAACUGAUUGCCUAGAGUAUACGAGUUAUGACAUGCUCCUAAGGGCACACCUCAGCCUUUUGCGUGGUGUGUCAGCAUUCGUGCACAUUCCCCAAUCCCCAAGCCUAUUAAGCUUGCAGCUCGAAGUGUCGGAUGACGACAACCCAAUCACGAAAGUCCUCGGACAUAUUUUUCGACACUUCGAAGUAAGCGAUAUGCCGACUCGUUUUGCUGUCUAUAUAUUGAUAUACCGUUUGUUACGAUGGCGAUUAUAUCCAAAUCCCCAGGCUUACGAGGACGUGCCUGCCUGGUAUCGGCCUUCGCGUGCCCAAGAGACUAUACCGCAUAAUAUUUCUAUUGACUAUCUUCCUUGGCCUGAACUGCGUGACUUUAUGGUCAUCCAUGAGAAUGUUCUUUACAAGGAGGGACAUAGUGUACAGAUGUACAUGGAAGGUGUUCGCUUCGUAUGGCCCAAGAGUAAAGAACUCAUAGUCAACUGUGGCAGGUACGGGAUGAGCUUGAAUCCGGACUUUCAGAGUUCUAUAAAUCAACUUUGGAAUUGGCAGAUGAGCCAGUCCUGGGCGGAUAACCAUUCCACAUUAAGUUGCAUGGUUAACGUACAUAAUGGCUCCUAGUUCCUGCGUAAAAGAGGGAUAAUAUACACGAUUAAAGAAGAUAGCGAGAAGAAAGCUCACGUAAAUUAGUAGUUCAAGGGACCAAGAUGAUUGAGG